AAAUUCACGCGGGUAAAGGCAUAAGGCAGAGCAUUUGUUUUAGGGGUAUCAGGGUUCCUAGUUAUGUAGUACCUGAAGAUGGAUGUGUUUGUGUGCUUUGAAAAAGGGUAACAAUUUUUAAGCGAUAGAGUUAGUAUAUAAAUUGCUGCUCGGUUCCACCAUCGCGUUAUUCUUUGUCGGCCGUCCUUUCGUGAACAAUUUGUGUGAGUUGCGGAAACUCGGAUUUGUGCUUGUUUUUGUGAAAAGUGUGCGUUUUUGUGCGCGUUGAAAGGUGAUUAACACCCCAAAAAGUACAUUGAGAUCGAUUCUUUAAAAAAAAAUACCCCCAAAAUGACUGAUCUGGAUGCAGUGUCCGCACUGUUAAUGCUGAGCGGAGGACACCAGCCCACAUUGGUGCAAAUGAACAACUCCACAGCCAAUGCAGCAUCGUCCGGCACGUCCCCGCCGAAGCGGCGGGAAAGAAAGAAUGGAUCACCCAAGCAACGCAUCGUACCGAAAUCGACGCUGCGCGUUGCUUCCGUCCACGGCAACAUUGCUCAGCACGAACUGUUUACUAGACAUGCGAUGAAGCGCCCCGUCAUUUCGUUGGUUCCAGUUAACAAAUUGGAAGAUACGACUGCCAGGAACCGUGCACUAGCGGUGCGGAUGGGCUCGUCAUCACCGGAUUUGGAGCGGUGGGAGCGAGCAGACACGUUGUCCCCUAUUAUUGUACCGCAUCCGGAAACAUCCCACGGGGGACGAUCGAUCAGUCCGCGGAUCAUCGAGACGCCAGGGAACCUUUCCCCCCAUCUGCUAUACGGUAGCCCCGGUAUGAACGGAUUUGCAAUGAUGCUGAAAUCGGGUGGCAACCAAUAUACCAGCUCCCCGGAACCACCUUCGGAUGGAGCAAGCGGUAACGUAGAGCACGGCGCCACUGCUGGUGGUUCGCUCGUUGCUAUAGCGGACAAACCAGCACGAUCACCCUCAGAUUCGGGCGUCUCUUCCAUACUGGACGAGAUGUUGCAGCCAAACUUGGUGCUGCAGCGAUGGAAGAAGGACAGCGGAAUUCCCGAUUGCGUGCAGAAGGAGCUGGACAAAAUAGUCGAAAUUUCCGCCUACAACAAGGAUCUCUAUACGAAGGCUAAGCUGGCCAAGUUCCCACUAGAAAUGGGAUUCAACCCCAACAAAUCGCGCAUCCGGAAGAAUUGUGAGAACGAAGCCGACAACCAGGACCGCGUGAAAAACAACGAGGCGUCACGUCGAUCACGCCACAAGAAGAAGCUGAUGACGCACAUGCUGAACACCAGCCUCGAGUUCGAUCGGCAGGAAAAUCGUCAACUGUACAUGCAGGAACGAUGGUUGACCAAUUUGAUUUGCGAGCUGGAGGAAAAGGCACUGAACCGGGGAAUCGAUGCGCAGCUCGUGCGCAAGUUACGGCACGCGUGCGGAUUUCAAUGAUCAAAGCGACGAUCGGCGUCGGAAAGAAGACGAAGGGUUUAGAACCUAGAUAUUUUUAUGUUUUACCAGUAUACAGACAAAGGAGAAGAAAAGCAAUGGCCAAACCAGGACGGUCUUCUUUAUAUGUAUGGUUUUUGUACGUUUCCAGUGUAGGGUAUUUAUUGUGUUUACAUUAUAUUAGCAAAGUGUAUUCUUAUGUUGUCUAGGAGCCCCUUGUAUAGUCUGCGUUGCUUCAAGAUAAGUUCUUGCAUUAGUAAAGAAAACCCGUUUUAAAUAUAAUAUAGUGCGUCACACAGCCCAAA